AUGUCUUUGAUUGAUGCCAUUGGGAAUCUCUUUGAAUCUUCUCUGGAGCUUGAUUUGAAGCGUAUUGCUUCCAUGACCUCGCAUGCACUUUCUCAAAUCCAUACCAUCCCCAUUAAAAAAGCCAUUAAACAAGAUAUUGGUGCAGAUGUUCAAAAUAAUCAACAUUUAAUCGAUAUUCCUGAAAAUUUUAAUUCACAACUGUUAUCUUUGCCGGAUUUGAAAUUUUUACGAGAUUUAUUGAACAAUUAUAAUUCAAUUUUGCUUGAACUCAAUUCCAUUGAAAUCCCUAUUUCUUAUUCGGAAACCAUUGAUAUUACUGAUAUAGUAGAUCAAUUGGACGCUGUUAAACUAUCCAUUUACAAUUUUAAUCAUCUGUACUUAAUUAUUAAUGCCGAACAUACUGCAAAUUAUGCUUAUUUAAGCUUGAAAUCUGUUACGACAUUGGUUAAGACUUUACUUUCAAAAGUCUUGUUGCUAAAAAAUUUAAUAUCAACCUUUUUAUCUACCUUAAUUAAUCAAGACUUAUCUUUUCUGCAACAUUUGGACUUUUUAGCUAUUUAUAACAUCAAUAAAAAUUCAAACUCUAUGGAAAUCGUUAUAAAAAAUUUGGUUCAUCUACUUGACUUGCAAUUAAUUAUUACUAAUGUUAAUACUAAUGCUGACACCGAUCCUUAUUUAAUUGAUUAUUCUGUGAAUUUGUGGGCAAUUGAAAUUUUACUAGAUCCCAUAAUUUUAAAUUUCGUUUAUCAUUUUUUCAAUGACCAGAAUCAAGCUUUAAAACUAAAUAAUAUUCAUCAACCUGAAAUUGCUUUGAAUUUUAUUAUAAAAAGUUUUUUUAGUGAUUCAAAUUUAUUGAAUUAUUUAUUGAAAAAUUUUUCUUGUAUAAUCAAAAGCUCUUAUUUGAAUCGAAAUAAAAGGCUUGACAAUAUUAAUUGUAAGUCUAUAUUUCUCUGGGAAAUCUUCAAAGUUAUUAUCAAACUACUAAAACAAAAAUUUUUAAAUGAUUUAAGUUUUAACAAGCUGUUAAUAAUAGCAAAUGAUGAAAAAAAUUAUAAAAAUAUUGAAAACAGAGCUUUUGGUCAUUUAAUCUAUGAAUUGAUUGAGUUUGACAACUAUUUUAACAGCGAGUUUAAUUUCUUAUUUUUAAAUAUAAAUACGAGUUAUAAACUUUCUAGAAACCAAGUUUCAUUUAAUGAAGAUAAUAAAUGGGUCGGUUUAACAGGUGAAAUAUUUAAUAAUCAAGAUUAUUUUAAACAAUGGAUUAUUUUGGAAUCAAAAUUUAUCAAAAAAAGGUUUAAUUCUAUUAUGAGUGAAAAUUAUUUGAAAAUAAAUUAUGAAAUUUUUAAGAAAUCUGAUUUGAAAACAACUUAUUCAUCUUUUAGUCUAUACCUGCUUAUUUCGAACUUGUUUAAAAAGUUUUUUUUGAAUAAUAACAGUUUAUCGUUUCUAAUUAAAACAAAAAUUUUUGUUGAAUUAAUUCUAAAAAAUUUAUUGGAUAACUAUAUUGUUAAUAUAAUUUUAACGAAAUUGAUUGAAUUUGAAAAAAUUAAGCUAAGCAAUUCAAACAUAAUUGGAUUAAGUAAAAUUAUUACAAGUUCAUUUUUAAAAUCAAAACCUGCUGAUAGUAAUACUGAUUUCAAUGAUAAAAUACAUGAUGAUAAGGACAAUGAUGGAAACUACAAGGAAAAAGAAAGAAUGAAAGAUCUGAAUAAAAAGGAGGAAAACUCUUUUGAAUUAAAAGAUGAUGGAACAUUAGAAGAAAUUAAGUUAUUGUGUUCAUUGUAUGGAUCAUUAAAGUAUAUCAAAUUAAAUUUGAAAAAGUUAAAUGAAAGUGAAACCGUAUUUGGUGAAAUUUAUACUAAAGUAAUUCAAAUGAAUGAUUUAGAGUUAAGGUUAACUACUGAAGACGAAGACGGAAAUCUUAGUGAAGAUCAUUCUGAAAUAGAAAACGAAAAUUACAAAGAAACAUUAGACUAUAAUAUGGAUCAAAGUAAAAUUACAAAUUACAAUAACGACUUUAAUGAUGAGAAAAAAAUUGAUUAUGAUGAAUUUUUUGGCAAAAACAAAAAAAAUGAAAAAAAUAAAGUAAUUGAAUAUUAUUUUGAGAAAAGUUUAUUAAAAAUAGAUGACUUAAAAUUGUUAAUUGUAACGGAAAACAUUGAUGAAGAAUUUAGUGAAAAUAAUUUGAUUAAGUUUGAAAGCAGUAUAUUAAGUAACAUUAUAAUAAAGUAUGAUCAAUUGAUUUCAAGAUUAUUGAAAGAUUUAGAUGAAUUUUUGAAAAAAAUAUUGAAAAUUUAUUUACAAGAUUAUUUGCAAAAAAAAUGGGAAAAUGAAGAAGUUGAAAAUGAUGUUUUUGAUACUAAGAAUAUAAAAGAGAUUUUUUAUGAGGCUAAAAAAAUUGAGAAGUUUGAAGAUUAUAUCAAAGUUGGAUUAUUUAAAGAGAAUAGAGUUAUUAGUAAUAAAAUUUCAAAUGAACUAAUUCAACCAAUUUAUUUUUUAAGAUUAAAUUUAAAUUUCAUUCGGCAUCUAAUUGGAAAUAAAGCCAAUUUUGAAGAUAAUAAAAUUGAAAGCGAGAUCAAAAUCGAUUUAUAUGAUAUUAAAAGAAGAUUAAUUCAUAAUUUGAAAUAUUAUUUUAUUGAGUAUAUUUUUCGAAUUCAAGUUUUUAGCAAUAAUAAAAGAGAUAGAAUAUUUAAAUGUAAUCGAAUAAAGUUUGAUUUUUUAAAACUAUUUGAAAUUAUUAUAGACAUUUUUGACAGUGAUAUUAAUGAUUUAGAUGAGAAUUCAAUGGGUAAGAGAAAUGGUAAAAUAGAUUAUAGAAGGAAAGAGAUGACAAGUGAAAUCGAUCACAGAAAAUAUGAAAAAUAUGCUACAAAUAGGGAUUUUUGUGAGGUUAUUGAUCACUGUAACAUAUUGAUGAUAGAUGAAAAAUCAAUUCGGGAAAUAUUUGUUGAUAAAGAUACUGAUAAAGAUGAAGAAGAGUACACCGAUUUGUUUUACAGAAUAAGAAAAGACUAUACCAAAUAUAAUGCGAUCAGAAAAUAUUUCAACAUUAAGCUGUUGAGCGAUUCCGAAAUCUUUGAUUUGUUAAGUAGAAAGAUAUAG